UACAGGUGUGGAUAGCAUGACCCUUUCGUAAUUGUCAUUAACAUAUGAACAGACCAAUGCAAAUUGAGACAAUCGCGACCUUUAAUACGAAUUCAUUCAGAUCGGAACUUCUGAACUCUAACUAGGGUUUUCGUCCAAGUUUCUCCAUUUCAAUUUCAUCAGAUCAUACUCAAAGAUGGAACAUCAUCAUAUUGCAAUUCCGAUUCCAGUCACAGAUCACCAUCUCCCAGAACUGGAAAUGGUAAAAGCUUCGAAGCUGAAAAAACUCUGUUGUGAUCGUUGUUGCUAUUUCUCCAAACAAGAACAUAAUGUUUCUGAUUCAGAACAACGAUCCAGAUCUACAGCCAAGCUCUCUGGACUCAUAUUGUUUUACAUAAUCGCUAUGGCAGUUGAGAUUAUCGGAGGUUUAAAAUCAAAUAGUUUAGCCGUUCUUUCAGAUGCAGCUCAUUUACUCACUGACAUUGGUGGAUUCUCAAUCUCUCUGGUUUCUGUUUGGGCUUCAGUUGGGAGAGCAACUCCACAUCAGUCAUUUGGAUUCAGUCGAAUCGAGGUUUUGGGUGCUCUUUUAUCUGUACAAAUGAUUUGGGUCAUUUCUGGGUACUUGAUCUUCGAAGCAAUCAAAAGAAUCGUUCAUAAACAAUCAGACGUGAAUGGUGGAUUGAUGUUUGCCAUUUCAGCUUUUGGUUUUGUAAUCAACUUCAUCAUGGUCAUCUGGCUAGGUCAUGACCAUGCUCAUGAUCAUGGCCAUGGUCAUGAUCAUGAUCAUGAUCAUGGGCAUGAUGUGAAUGAAGAAGAGAGUUCAAAUCUGGUGGAGUCAACUUCUAAAGGAAAGAGUGGGAGAAUGAACAUAAACAUUGAAGGGGCAUAUUUACAUGUGAUAUCGGAUAUGAUUCAAUCGAUUGGAGUGAUGAUAGCUGGAUUGGUGAUAUGGGUGAAACCAGAUUGGUUAAUGGUUGAUUUGGUUUGUACUUUGAUCUCCUCUGUUUUUGCUCUAGCUACAACUCUACCAAUGGUUAAAAACAUAAUUUCUAUAUUAAUGGAGAGCACACCAAGUGAAUUCGAUGUUGUUAGUUUGAAAAAAGAUUUAAACAGCAUCAAUGGAGUUGAUGAUGUUCAUGAUCUACAUGUGUGGGCAAUCACAAGGGGAAAAAUAGUAUUAUCUUGUCAUGUAAUAAUCGAAACAAAUAUCGAUUCAAAUGAAAUUCUUCACAAAGUUAAAGAUUUAUGUGAAGGUAGAUACGGAGUUCAUCAUGUAACUGCACAAAUUGAAUCUUUAUCUUUAUAAUAAUAAUAAUAACAUAUCCUUAAAAGUUAAAACAUACACUUUCACAAUUCACAGUUUCACACUAUUUCCUUUAUGUAAAAGAACAAGAAGCAAGAACUAAAAAUACCGAAUCUUGGCUCUCAAGAUGAACAACAGCUCUUUGUGGUGGCAGAUGAGGAGACAGAGUCACCGACAUUAAUGGUGGUCCCUUUUCCAGGUGCACCACCGACUGCUUCUUGCGUUGCUAAUGCUUUUUUGCUAAUGAUGUGAUAGAUUUCGGUCAAAACAGUUUGAAAUGCUUUCUCGAUGUUAUAUGAUUCAAGUGCUGAUGUUUCGAGAAAUGAAAGGCCUUCUUUUUCAGCAAAUGAUUUGCCAUCUUGUUCAUCCACUGCUCGGAGGUGCUCCAGAUCGGAUUUGUUUCCGGCCAUCAUUACAACGAUAUUGGCGUCGGCGUGGUUUCUCAGCUCAUUCAACCACCGCUGGACAUUAUCAAAAGUUGGCUUCUUAGUAAUGUCGUACACAAGAAGAGCUCCUACUGCGCCUCGAUAAUAAGCACUUAUCUGGGAAAGAAUUGAAACCUGGAGAGUUCUGGUAGCAAAUUCGACGCCAAUGGUGGCUUUGGACUCUAGGAAGAACUCGUUCCUGGUAAACCUCGACAAAAUAUUGGUUUUUCCGACGCCGGAGUCGCCAAUUAAGACGAUCUUGAGUAAGUAAUCGUAAUCAUGAUCUAUCUUGCUAGCCAUUAAACCUGAAGAGUGAAGAAAGAGAAAAAGAUCGAAGUUGCUUCAGAUCAGUUAUCAGUAUGCCGAGGUAGAUCUAGCUUAGCACAUUAUUUGAUUUGGAUUUGGAUCAAAAUCUAGAAAUUGAUUUUAUAUUUAUAUAGAAUAGAAGUCGAGUGAUAGAAGAUGAAUGCAGAUUCUGCGUGUGAAAAUCUUACAGCGUAGCGGAGAGAUCGGGGAGAAAGUAGAAAUGUGGAUGUUAUCACCUGGCAAAAUUAACGGAGAAAUGGGACAAAAAAUAAGUGAAAGAAAGUAAGGAAUUGGAAACCGCCGACAACAAAUAUCAAAAUGUAUGAAAACGAUGCAAAUCAGUCUGAAACUAUAUAUAUAAUUGGGCUUAGGCCCAUGACCAAAAGAUCCCGGGAACCAAUAGGCUGUGGACCACCAACGAGGCAACUAUAACUCCCGUCACCCCGCCGACACCAGGUAAUAUGACCGACUAUUACCUGUUUUUGCUUAUGUGGCAGCCAUCUGUCACGUGACUUGAAUACGUUGCACCUACGUGGCAUUGUAAAUAUAUUCUCUUCGUUUGCAAUAUAAAAAGUCAUUCAAUUACACCCCUGAUUUUGAACCCUAGAUCGACGAUGGCUUCUUCUUCCUCAUCUUAUUCUUCAAAACGACAAGAUGAAUUUUAAGCUGAUCAUCCACGUGAUUGCAACUUACCAUCUUGUGUGAAGACUUCAAGAACCCUUGACAACCCUUGAAGAAAAUUUAGAGUUUGUCAAAACUCGAUGGUAACCAGUAUUGUUGAAUACGUUGCAACUUUCUUCUUCUUCAUCUUGUUGGAUACCCUUUCUUUUUCUUCAUCCUUUAAUUUAACAUUUUUUUUAAUUUUUCUUCAAGAAUGGAAGAAGUCCAAGCUGUAAAUUCUGGCAAUGGUUGGAUGAGGAUGAAGGGAGGACAGAUGGAAGAAAGCCUUACUGGAGGAAACCAGAAGAAAGCUGUAAUUUAAUCUUGAAAAUUUGCACUUUGGAGAAUGAAAUCAACAUAUGUAGGAUGAAGAUCGAACAAGAAAACAACAACAAUUUGGUUAAUAGACAGGAAUUGGACAAAGUCAAGUGGAAGUUGUUUACUCACAAAUCGGCACUGAUUUUGUUAUUUGUAUUGUAUGUGAAAAUGUUGAUUUGAUUGUAGUUCAUGAUGUAUUAGGGUUGAAUGAUGUAGUUCAUGAUUGAAACUUGAUUGGUAAUGAAUGGAUGUAGUCCACCUGUUAUUGUGUAUGCUUAUGUAUGUAAUGAAUGGAUGGAACUUUUGUUA